UUGAAAUAUCAAGUGGGUUACAUCGCCUAACAACACUCGUCUCUAUUUUCUACACCUACAAUUUACAAUCAACAAUGACAUAAUGCGUUGCACGUACUGAGGAUGCACCAAAUAUCAGUUCGUUCUAAAAAUACAAUCGCCGGCACGCUUAUUGGAACCAAUGCGUGUUUAAAUGUGGAGGAGGUACGAAAAUACACACGGGAAAUAAUUAAAAAUACGUAUACUCUAAACACAAACUGGAGCCAAACAUGUUUUCUCUUCGUUAAUCCAGUAAAGUCAAAAAAGUUAUUUAAAAAAGUUCUUUUAAUUAAAUUACGAUGCGCAGUGAAAUUGUUUUGGUGUUUUUCAUACACGUGUGUCAUACGUCCAUUCAAAAACUUAAAAUAGGUGGCGUUUUUGAUGAGAGUGAUGAACAUGAAGAACUUGCUUUUUCUUACGCCGUUAAUAUGGUGAACAGUUUACAUCCUAAUGCCAAUAUUAAAUUGGUGGAAAAAUCCAGGAGGGUUAAACUAGAAAAUACUCUUGAAGUAUCAAAGGCGGUUUGCGAUUUGCUUGAUGAUGGAGUUGUUGCAAUAUUUGGUCCAAGUUCGCAAAGUUCUUCUCCUUAUGUGCAAUCAAUUUGCGAUACCAAAGAGAUUCCGCAUAUUGAAACUCAUUGGAAUACUAAUCAACAAAGGAGUUUGGUUAACUUUUACCCAAACCCGUACAUGCUAGGUGUUGCUUUUCUUGAGCUUGUUCGGAAAUGGGAUUGGAAGAUGUUUACUAUACUUUACGAUGAUGAAAUCAGUUUGAUGAAAGUGGAUCGUUUGCUUAUGGCCGAUAAUGAAGGUUAUAAAAUACGUGUGCGGCAGUUGGAAGUUGAUGUUUCUUCGCGUUACAGAAAUGUUUUGAAUACCAUUAAAAGAUCUGGUGAAAAAUAUUUUAUUCUUGUGUGUAGCAUUGAAGUUUUGGAAGAAGUUCUACUACAAGCUCAACAAGUUGGUAUAAUCACAGAUGAAUAUAAUUACAUCAUAACGAAUCCGGAUAUGCACACUAUAGAUUUAGGUCCAUAUCAAUACGGAGGUUGUAACAUAACGGGGGUGCGUUUAAUGAAUCCUGAACAUCGGAAUAUGAUUGAGUUAGCUGAAAAACUACAACGCAUGAAAAUGAAGAUGGGAUUAAAUUUAACCUAUUUUGAUCAUUUCGCAGCUUGGAAAUUGACUACCAAAACUGCACUUCUGGUCGAUGCAGUUUCCUUAUUUUUUGAAACUAUUAGGGAUUUCAAGCUGACUAAACCUUUUGAUGUACGAAAUUUGGGUUGCGACUCAACCAACAACUGGGAACAUGGAUAUAGCAUAACCAAUCUAUUGAAAACGAAAUCUUUGGAUGGUCUCACUGGUAUUGUAAAAUUUGAUUAUCAAGGAGUACGCACAGAAUUUAAUUUGGAGAUUAUCGAAUUAGCAGUUGGUGGAUUAAUUAAGAUUGGAACCUGGAAUGUUUCACACAGCGUAACCAUUGAAAGAUUUUAUAGUCCAAUUGAAAUAGUUCAAGUAGAUGAAGGUUCUCUAACCAAUAAAUCAUUCGUAGUCAUCACAGCUCUGACCCCACCAUACGGAUUGUUGAAGGAAACAACAACUCAGCUGUCAGGAAAUGAUAGAUUCGAAGGAUUCGGAAUUGAUUUGAUUCAUGAGUUAUCUUUGAUGCUCGGAUUCAAUUAUACUUUCGUUAUACAAGAGGAUGGUGCUAACGGGAAUUUUGAUAGAAGGACUAAGCAGUGGAACGGAAUGAUCCGGGAAAUAAUUGAUGGAAGAGCGGAUUUGGCUAUAACUGAUCUCACAAUAACAUCAGAAAGGGAGAACGCAGUAGAUUUUACAAUGCCUUUCAUGAAUCUCGGAAUCAGCAUUUUGUAUAGGAAACCAGAACCGGUAGCACCUAGUUUGUUCACGUUCGCUUCACCCUUUUCAUUACAAGUAUGGAUGCUUCUUGGAGUUGCUUACUUCUUUGUAUCCAUCAGCUUAUUUAUAAUCGGAAGACUUUGUCCAAGCGAAUGGACAAAUCCCUAUCCGUGUGUCGAAGAACCCGAGUUUCUAAUCAACCAAUUCUCUUUAAGGAACUCUUUAUGGUUUACAAUUGGUAGUUUGAUGCAACAGGGAACAGAAAUUGCACCAAUAGGAAUUUCAACAAGAAUGGUUGCUGGGAUUUGGUGGUUCUUUACGUUGAUUAUGGUUUCCUCAUAUACCGCUAAUUUAGCUGCUUUUUUGACAGUUGAAACUUUGGUAACUUCUUUUAAAAAUAUCGAAGAGUUGGCCGAACAGACGGAAAUUAAAUACGGAGCCAAAAAAGAUGGAGCAACUUCCAACUUUUUCAGGGAUUCUGACAUCGAAUCUUACAAAGUAAUUGGAAGAUAUAUGUAUAAACAUCCAACAGAUAUGACUGCUGAUAAUGAUGAAGGAGUUAGACGCGUGGAGACUGAAAAUUAUGCUUUUCUAAUGGAAUCUACCACUAUUGAAUAUAUAGUUGAAAGGCAUUGUACUUUAGCUCAGGUUGGAGGACUUUUGGAUGAUAAAGGUUAUGGAAUUGCUAUGAGAAAAGAUUCAAAAUACAGGAACAUAUUAAGUGCUGCCGUUCUCAAACUGCAAGAGACUGGAAAAUUGACAUCUCUAAAAAUAAAAUGGUGGAAGGAAAAACGUGGAGGUGGAAACUGCGCUAGUCGUACAGCAGGAGGAGCUGCAACUCCACUAGGCUUGAAGAAUGUAGAAGGUGUGUUUUUCAUUUUAACGCUGGGAACUAUUUUAGGAUUUUUAGGGACAUUCCUGGAAUUGGCACUACAUAUUUUGCGUAAAACGUAUAAAGAUACAAAACGUUUUAAAAGAGACUACAUGGAAGAAUUGAAGUUUGUGUUUCAAUUUAAAAAGCGAAUGAAACCUGUUAUGCAAAUUGAUUCAAAGAAUAGUAAUUCAAGUAAACACUCGUCUAAAAAGCAAAGCAUUUGAAUAAUAAUUCCAGUAUAUUAAAUGGAACUUUGAUUUGUUUUCACUCAUUUUAAUUACGCUUCUAAUUGUAAUUGUCGAUAACUAUGUUUGAUCGUGUGUAUGCAAUAAUUUUAAUAAACUGUUUACAUUCAGUGUUUUAUUUUGAACUUGGGCUGAGGUGACGCAACUUUAAACUAUUUAUAAUUGAGCAAAAUAAAAAGUAAUUGUAGCACAAU